CACAACAAUGGAAUCUGUCUUUUGUACACGAUUGUUAAUAUCGACACUUUAGAUAAACUUUUAAAAACAGGUCGAAAACAGUGGAUAAAACUGAUGCGAAACUGUCACCAUGCUACAGAUUAUGCACCUUUUUUUCCUGCUUCUUGGUCUAUCACCAUUUGCUACCUCUGACGACCUACCAACCCUUUACGAAUACUACACAACCGAUGGAGUCUCCUCUGGCUUAUCAGUCGAUCAACCAUACUUUACCCUAAACGGUAAAAACAUCACCAUAUACAGUGGUGCUAUGCACUAUUUCCGGGUCCCUUCGCAAUACUGGCAAGACCGCCUCCGGAAACUAAGAGCCACAGGUCUCAACACUGUCGAAACCUACAUCCCUUGGAACCUUCACGAAUUCAAAAACAACGUUUUCGACUUUGGAGACGGCGGCAGCGACUAUCAGAGACUCCUCGACUUGGACCUCUUCCUGACUCUUGCCAAACAAGAAGACUUGUUCGUGAUUGCACGUCCGGGGCCUUACAUUUGCGCCGAGUGGGAAUGGGGCGGUCUUCCCAGCUGGCUGUUGAGAGAGGAAGCGAUCUCAGUGCGAACCUCUGAUCCAGUCUACAUGAAAUACGUCAAACGGUACUUUGACAAGCUACUGCCGAUUCUUGCCAAGCACCAGUUCACCAAAAGGGGGGCUGUAAUAGCCGUGCAAGUGGAAAACGAAUACGCCUCAGCCCCCAUUGAGAAAGAUCACGCGUAUUUGCAACAACUGGUCGAUUUAAUGAAGGAUAAUGGGAUUGUCGAGUUGUUGGUAACUUCGGAUGGUGCGGGUUAUGGUACCGAUGGUACCCUCCCUGGGGUUCUUUUCCAAACGGUCAAUUUCGGGUCAGACGCUAAGGCUUCGUUCUCAAAGCUGGAAGAAAUGCAACCCAAUAAACCCCUAAUGGCGAUGGAGUUCUAUCCGGGGUGGUUCGACCAUUGGUCGGAGACCCACCACACUGUGAGCAACAGCUCGUUUGUGAAAAAUUACGAAGAAGUUUUGGCAUAUCCAGCGUCCAUCAAUUUGUACAUGUUUCACGGUGGUACCAACUUUGGGUUUUUGAACGGUGCUAAUAUCGGCUCGGGGGAUAAUUCCAACUUCCAACCAACUACCACAAGUUAUGACUAUGAUGCUCCCUUGAGCGAAGCUGGGGAUUAUACCGACAAAUACGAAGUUAUUCGAACCUUGAUCAAGAAGUACAAUCCGGUUCAAACGAAAACACCCGAUCCGCCAGAGCUGUAUGAGCGACAAGUUUACCCAACUUUGGCAAUUGAGGGACAGUUGGGUUAUAAUGAUAUUAUUAGGCAGGCUCCGAGUACGGUUUUAAGUACGAGUGACAUACCGAUGGAGAAUUUACCGAUCAAUGAUAAUUCGGGGCAAAGUUACGGCUACAUUGUCUACAGGGCUUCGGGUAUAGACAUCCCAGCAAACUCAGUUUUGACCAUCACAGGCCAUGUCCGUGACACUGUGAUGGUUUUGAUAGACGGUGUUUUAAUCUCGAAACCAUUGUCCAGUCUCGACGACUUGAACACUUUCGGUUUCUGGAAACUCGACAAUUCGAACAUAACUCUGACAACCAGCGAUUUGGUUAACGUAAGCUUGGACCUUGUGAUCGAAAAUUACGGACGUGCCAAUUAUGGCAACUUCUUUCACCAAUUCAAGGGUCUCACUCCAGAUAACAGAGUUUAUCUCAAUGAUAAGGAAUUACAAUCGUGGGUGAUUUUCCCACUGGAAUUUCAGAAAUCUUGGAACACGAAAUUAACCGACUGGCAGCCGGCUGGUGAUGAGCCGACGAAAGGACCAGGGAUGCAUAAGGCCGUACUCAACAUUGACACUUAUGCUGAGAGAUACAACGACACAUACAUCGAUAUGCAGGAGUGGAAUAAGGGAAUUGUGAUAGUUAAUGGGUUUGUCUUAGGACGGUAUGCGUUCAUUGGGCCGCAACAAGCCCUUUACCUACCGGGGGCUUAUCUACAGCAUGGAGACAACGAAAUUAUUAUUUUCGAACAGUUCGAACCGGCGGCUCAAGUGAAAUUUUCCAAGGACCAAAUAUACAAAAAUCCAUGAGUUGAGUUCGUGUAAUUUUGAAUAAAAUUAUGAUUGCAAGCUUCAAA